UCUUAACACAUUUUAAUCAAUAUUUUUAUAAAAUUAAUCAGUUAUUUCCUUAAUCAAAGAAAUGGCUGAUGUAGAAGGAUCACCGGGGAGUUCUAUGCAUGGAGUCACCGGAAGAGAGCCCGUUCUCGCUUUCUCGGUGGCUUCUCCGAUGGUGCCUACUGACACCACCGCCAAGUUUUCAGUACCGGUUGAUACUGAACACAAGGCUAAACAAUUUAAAUUUUAUUCGUUUUCAAAACCUCAUGGCCUAACGUUCCAGCUCUCCUGGAUUUCUUUUUUUACUUGUUUCGUUUCGACUUUUGCUGCUGCACCUUUAGUCCCUAUUAUUAGGGACAACCUUAAUUUGACUAAAAUGGAUGUUGGUAACGCUGGGGUUGCUUCCGUUUCCGGAAGUAUUUUGUCUAGGCUUGCUAUGGGUGCGGUUUGUGAUUUGUUGGGUCCCAGGUAUGGGUGUGCUUUUCUUAUCAUGUUGUCAGCCCCAACUGUUUUUUGUAUGUCCUUUGUUUCGUCCGCUGGUGGCUACGUAGCUGUCCGGUUCAUGAUUGGGUUUUCACUCGCCACAUUUGUGUCGUGUCAAUAUUGGAUGAGUACUAUGUUUAAUAGUAAGAUUAUUGGGCUAGUGAACGGAACAGCUGCUGGAUGGGGUAAUAUGGGUGGCGGUGCAACUCAACUCAUUAUGCCACUUCUUUAUGAUAUAAUUCGAAGGGCGGGUGCAACUCCGUUCACUGCUUGGAGAAUUGCAUUUUUUAUUCCUGGAUGGCUACAUGUAGUCAUGGGUAUUUUAGUGUUGACUCUUGGCCAAGAUUUACCCGACGGAAAUCGUAGCGAUUUACAGAAGACGGGUACUGUUACUAAAGAUAAAUUCGGUAACAUAUUGUGGUAUGCUGCAACAAACUACAGGACAUGGAUCUUUGUCCUUCUCUACGGAUACUCUAUGGGAGUUGAACUGUCUACAGACAACGUGAUUGCUGAGUACUUCUUCGACAGGUUUGAUCUAAAGCUUCACACAGCGGGAAUCAUUGCAGCGACAUUUGGUAUGGCUAACCUUUUAGCUCGUCCAUUCGGAGGAUUUUCUUCUGAUUAUGCAGCCAAGAAAUUCGGUAUGAGAGGGAGACUUUGGGUUUUAUGGAUUUUACAAACACUCGGAGGAGUAUUUUGUGUUCUUUUGGGUCGUUCAAAUUCCCUACCAAUUGCUGUAACAUUCAUGAUCCUUUUCUCAAUCGGAGCUCAAGCUGCUUGUGGUGCAACUUUCGGUAUUAUUCCCUUCAUUUCUCGACGAUCAUUAGGAAUUAUAUCUGGAAUGACUGGGGCAGGUGGGAAUUUUGGUUCUGGAUUGACACAAUUGUUGUUUUUCACGAGCUCAAAGUACUCAACAGCGACAGGGCUAACUUACAUGGGACUGAUGAUCAUAGGAUGCACCCUUCCUGUUACAUUUUGUCAUUUCCCACAAUGGGGAAGCAUGUUUUUCCCACCAACAAAAGAUCCAAUCAAGGGAAGUGAAGAACAUUAUUAUACUUCAGAGUACACUGAGGCCGAGAGGCAAAAAGGUAUGCACCAAAAUGCCUUGAAAUUCGCCGAAAAUAGCCGAUCGGAGCGUGGCAAGCGUGUGGGCUCCGCACCUACUCCACCAAAUUUGACGCCAAAUCGCGUUUGAUGAUCUUUCUAAGGGAUUGAUGAUGGUGAAUCUCUGAUUUAAUUGAAGAUUCAAUGUACUGAGUCGUCUCAAUAAGCAAAAUCUAUCCUGAUUUUUCUUUUUUCUUUUUUGGUUUUUUUGCUUUUCUUAAAUGAUGUUGCUUUCGAGACAAAUACCUUGAAUCCACUAAGGUGUAUGCUUUUUUUUUUUUUAAUGAAGUAUAUAUAAUAUAUUACUCAUUGUGUAUGUUUUCUAUUGCUUUUUUCAAAAGAAUAUUCUAUGGCCAAUGGUGGUUGUUUUUUAGUGUGUAGAUUCAAAAGUGUAUUAAUAAUAAAACUUUUGACUUCUAAGAAGGGCCCACAUCAUUUAUUCCAGUUGGUUUAUAGAAGUUUC